AUGGCUGGGGGUGAGGCCUGGAUACAUAUGAGAAUCAAUCUCCAACUCCUCAGGCUUGCUGUUUUUGUCCUUUCUGAAGUAUUCGAGGUUGUAUACUCCCUACAUCAGAGCCCCCCAGAAGUGGUGAUUCCCUUAAGGUUAACUGAAACUUCCAGACAUAUGAAGGCUUUGGGAUGGUUUUCCUACAACCUGAAUUUUGGGGAGCAGAGACACAUCAUACACAUAAAGGCCAAGAAGUUGUUGGUGUCCAGGCAACUGUCUGUGUUCACUUACACAGACCAGGGUGCUCUUCUUGAAGAUCAUCCUUUUGUUCAAAGUGAUUGCUACUAUCAUGGCUAUGUGGAAGGGGAACCAGAAUCUCUGGUUACUCUAAGUACUUGUUUGGGGGGCUUUCAAGGAAUGCUACAAAUAAAGGAUAUUUUUUAUGAAAUCAAACCCAAAGGAGCUGCUAACACAUUUGAAUACCUACUAUAUAAGGUGGACAGUGAGGAGGUGCAAUCAGAAAACUGGAGAUGUGGAUUAACAGAAAUGGAAAUUGCAAGACAAUUGAAGUAUCUAAAGAGUGAAAAUUCCACUCUGGAGCAAAGCACCAAUAAUGCCUGGUGGACCUAUAAGUGGCUUAUUGAGCUGGCAGUGGUAGCUGACUAUAAACUUUCCCUUCAUUGCAACAGUAAUAUCUCAAAAGUAUUGGAGAUGGUUUUCAAUAUUAUCCAUAGAGUUGAUGCAAUUUAUAGUCAACUAGGGGUUGAAAUCUCCUUAUUAGCACUUGAAAUAUGGAAUGAAAAAAAAACAUUUCCACUUGUUAACUCACCUAAGAUGUUGGGUGAUUUUUGCAAAUGGAAGAAAAUUAGUUUUAAUACUCGGGUGCACCAUGAUAUUGCAAAUCUUUUUACAAAGAGGGGAGUUGGCCAUGCUGUAGGUUAUUCUUUCAUUGAUGGAGCAUGCAGAUUAUCGUAUAAUUGUGCAGUUUCCAGUUUCAUAAAUGACAAUUUGAACUUUUUUGCAUCUGUUGUGUCUCAUGAUAUUGGACAUUCUUUGGGUUUAAUGAGAGAUGGUACACUGUGUACAUGUGGGAGGAAAAAUUGUAUAAUGUCUGAAACAGGAAUAACUACAACUAAAUUCAGCAAUUGCAGUUAUGCUGAUAUACACAGAGUGAUUACACAAAAGACAUGUUUGCUCAACAUACGAAAUCCAGUGGACAUUAUCUUCAAGCACUGUGGUAAUGGAAUUGUUGAAGAAGGGGAAGAGUGUGACUGUGGAUCCUCAUAUAAUUGUGCAAAAGAUUCCUGUUGUCACUCAAAUUGUACUUUGAAGCUUGGGGCUUCUUGUGCUUUUGGACUUUGUUGCAAAAAUUGCAAGAUCAUGCCAGCAGGACAAGUUUGUAGGCUACAGGUCAAUGACUGUGAUCUUCCAGAGUGGUGCAAUGGAACCUCCAAUCAGUGUCCAGAAGAUGUAUACGUGCAAGAUGGUAUGCCAUGCACAGGAGGGGGCUACUGCUAUGAAAAGAAAUGUAAUAACCAUGAUGAACAGUGUAGACAGAUUUUUGGAAAAAAUGCAAAAAGUGCAAAUAAGAGAUGCUACAAAGAAAUGAACACUCGAGGUGAUCGCUUUGGUCACUGUGGUAAGAAUGUCUCUACAUACAUAAAAUGUAAUAUCUCAGAUAUCCUGUGUGGAAGAGUUCAUUGUGAGAAUGUGAGAGUAAUUCCUCUUCUGAGAGAGCAUUCUGCUGUACAGGUAACUUACAUCAAUGGUGUUACCUGUUGGAGUACAGAUUAUCAUUCUGACAUGACCAUACCUGAUAUUGGUGAAGUGAAAGAUGGUACAGAGUGUGGACCAAAUCAUAUCUGCAUCCGCAGGAAGUGUGUUAGUAAGUCUGUUCUAAAAGGUUACUGUUCACCUAAUACUUGCAGAAAGAGGGGAGUCUGCAACAAUAAAGGUCAUUGCCAUUGCAAUUAUGAUUGGACCCCACCAUACUGCCUGAUAAAAGGCAAAGGAGGUAGUGUUGACAGUGGCCCAUGCAUUAAUAGACAAGAGCAAAGGAACAAAGCAAAUUCUCUGUCACUAUUUUUGUUUCUUCCUUUAUUUUGUACAGGAGACCUGUUCCUUGUUCCCAGAGGAAAGGAUAAAUAUGGAUACCUGGGAGAAGGUCCGGAAGCAGAUGCAUUCUCAGUAUACACAUGA